CCUGAGCUGUCAACGGGUUUUUAUUCCCAAGUCAACGCUCCAAUUCGCAUCAGAAGUCAAAGCAUUUCUACCGGCAAUGUGUCUGAGUGGUUAAGGAGCGUGACUAGAAUGAGAGCCCAUGCAGAGAUUCGUCUCUUGGGGAUCCAAAUCAAAUCACGUGGGUUCGCCCGCGUAGGUUCAAAUCCUGCCAUUGUCGUUCAUAAGAUCUUCAUCAGAUCAUCAUCUUUUUGCAGACUUUCGUACCAAGGCUUUCAAGCUAUCUAUAUGCCACCUUCCGGUAUUUUUGUAAUAUUUUCAACGCACAAUACGUUUUCAAUUGUGUGGGGGAAACGUGGCUGGGUUUGUUAGGGAAAUUUUUAAUAGGAUUAAUUCUAGGUGGUUCAUCGAUGUGGGAGGAACACAAACAAAGAUCUGCUAAUUUAUUGCAUGGC